AUGUCUGGCACAAUUGAGGCAUUAUUAGAACAGCUUAAACAAAAGGCUUUAGGCUGCAGUGAUACUGCAUGGCUACAGGCUUGCUUAGAGUCCGCCCCCAGCACCUCUGGUCUAAUUGAAGUAGAGGAAGAAGAAGGGGCUGAGCUACAGGAGGAGUUAAUAAUGGAGGAGGGAGCAGGAUAUUCCCCUCAAAAAAUUAAAGGGCAAGUGCAAGAAAGAAAAUCUGGUGAUAGCGACCCCUGCAGGAUUCGUGAGGCAAGAACGAAGAGGUCCAGGGAAACCUUCUCACCGUCUCCAAUAAAGAAUAGGAAGAGGAUGUGGAAACAGGGCAGAAAAUACGAACAAAAGAAGAAGAAUAAAGAGGCUGAGGACAGACCUAGGCUAUUCGAAGAGAGCGAAGCAGCUCAGGAUAUCCCAGGUUGCAGUCAUGAGCUGG